AUGUCAAAUCGUUCGCUGACGCCUCCUGAACGCUCAGAUACACACACGCAGCUGGUGGACGCAGAAGAUCCUCCGACCGACUCGGAGGCAGAACGGCAAUCAACCCCCACGCAGCGGAAGCGACGCCUGGACCAUGACGACCAACCUUAUAUUCCCGAUGUUCAACGCAACGUCAAAGAUCAGACGCCCAAGAAGAGGAAGACCGCGUCCACCUUGGCAUCCUAUGUCAAGUCAAAUGUGAUUCGGGAAGCUGUGGCUGUCCACGGGGCGCCAACAGAGGGUCAUCAACCCAAGUGCCUCAUCUCCGGUGUCAGCGACAAAAUGACAAUCCUCGAGUUCUCCCAUGUCAUGGGUGGCUCCACACCUUCAAAAGAGAUGGAUUGUUUGGAAUGGUCUUGGAAUAGGAAGUACUACAGUCUGAAUGUUGACACGAGGAAGAACCUCCAAAUUAUACGUGUCACUCUCCACCGCUGGUUCGACAUGACAAAAGCGUCCAACCCGGUCGGCUGGUUUUGGCUCCCGGUUGACCUUGAUAUCCUCAGUAAUAUGCAUGCCACCUACGUCGGCAAUGUUUUUAUCUUCCCUGUCCUCCCUGAAGCAAGAGACAAAAUGAAUGUACGGAAGGACCCAGAGUCUUUCUACGGAAGAUCUUGCAAGUUCCGCUAUCAACUUAUCCCUCUUUCUGGUAUGGAGGCCUCGUGGUCAAUCAAACGUUAUACCGGCAACGCUCUUGGCCCAUUCGAUCCCAAUCUCAUAGAGCACAGCGCGUACCCCUUCACCAACCUCCUGCCCAUUGAGCUCCAUGUCCCGUACCACUUUGUCAUCGUCAACACUGGCAAGAAACUCCGCCAACUAUACGGCAUGGAUGCAAUCAACUUUGAACGUGAUUUUCCUUUUCUGCUGCCUACGCAGAAAUUCGUGAUGACAGCUGUGCGCAAUAUCUAUGUGGCUUGGAUGGCGGCGAUGCCCCCGACAUCGUUCACUGAAGGGGCCUAUGGCAACAAGCCGAAGUCAGCUGCAGGGCAGACACAUCUUCCCGGAGAAGCUGGAUCAGACGGCAGUCCCCAAGGUGGGGGUAUGCCCUACGGGGGGAAGGAUGAGGGAGGCCAAGCUCAAGAUGAUGCUGCCGGCUCAUUUGGUGCGAUGGGGCAACAACAGGCUGCUGACGAGUCCCUCGCACCUUGGGACUCAGCUUCUUGUCUCAAGGCUUUUGAGCCUAAGGAUGGGGGAGGCCAGGCUCAAGAUGACGCAUGCGGCUCUUUUGGUGCGAUGAUGGGACAACAACAGGCCGCUGCCGAGUCCCUCACACCUUGGGACUCGGCUUCUUGCCUCAAGGCUUUCGAGCUUGCCGAUGAAGGGAACGAGGAGGAUGUGGACGAUUCGUUUGUGGAUGACGAGGACGACGAGUAUGAGGACGAGGAGUUCUUUGAGGGCUUGAAGCAGUGGGCGAGCGAUGUAUGGACCGCGACACAUUCUGACAGCGCGUCUGAUUCAGAGGUGACCCUGGUCGGAGGGACCGCGGCACAUGUUUCCUGCAAGAGUCUAGACGUGCCAGCGACUUUGGAAACACCACCGCUUCUUUCCGUCCAGUGACUGAUGACUGUUCAGUUAUCGACGUACAUUCUUGUUUUUCUGUUAUAUGACUGCUGUGAGGCACCUUGUCAAGUGUUUGUCUAACACUAUUCCCCAAUUUAUACUCGGCAUUCCUCUUGAUGGACACUGGACUUUAUUGGUCUUGUCUCCG